AUGGCGAUUCAAGCGGCAGCAUCAUCAUCCCUUAGCUUUACCAAGUACAGAUAUGAUGUUUUCUUGAGUUUCAGAGGCGAACACACUCGCAAAUCCUUCACUGUCAUUCUCUACGAAGCUUUGCGCAAGAAGGGAACCAACGCCUUCAUCGAUAACAGGAAGCUCGGUAAAGGGGAACGAAUCGCACCUUCACUUCUUAAAGCCAUAGACAAAUCCAGGGUUUCCAUUAUUGUCUUCUCUACAAACUAUGCCACUUCCACUUGGUGCCUUGAUGGACUGGCUCACAUCAUUCGGUGUAAGAAGGAGAAGAACUAG